ACUGCGAUGUCAGUGGAUUGCCUGGGACAGCGCGCAGUACUCUCGGGCCGGCGUUUCCUCUACAUAGUCAACCUGGAUGCACCGAAUGAGGGUCAUCGAAAGAUCUCUCGGCAGAGCAAGUGGGACAUUGGGGCAGUGCAGUGGAACCCCCACGACAGCUAUGCAUACUACUUUGCAGCUUCGAGCAAUCAGCGAGUUGACCUGUAUAAGUGGAAGGAAGGUAAUGGGGAAGUUUGCACAUCACUGCAAGGACACACACGUGUGAUCAGUGACCUGGACUGGGCAGUGUUUGAGCCAGAUCUACUGGUCACCAGUUCUGUGGACACAUACAUCUACAUCUGGGACAUCAAAGACACCAGGAAGCCCACAGUCUCGCUCUCUGCAGUCGCUGGAGCUUCCCAGGUGAAAUGGAACAAGAAAAAUGUCAACUGUUUAGCAACAAGCCAUGAUGGGGAUGUCCGAAUAUGGGACAAAAGGAAACCCAGCACUGCAGUGGAGUAUUUGGCAGCUCAUCUCUCCAAAAUCCAUGGUCUGGACUGGCAUCCUGACAAUGAGUAUACACUGGCCACUUCCAGCCAGGACAACUCUGUCAGGUUCUGGGAUUACCGUCAGCCUCGGAAAUACCUCAAUAUCCUUCCCUGCCAGGUUCCUGUCUGGAAGGCAAGAUACACGCCUUUUAGCAAUGGGCUAGUGACAGUGAUGGUCCCCCAACUCCGUCGGGAGAACAGUCUCCUCCUCUGGAACGUCUUUGACCUGAACACGCCUGUGCACACUUUUGUGGGACAUGAUGAUGUGGUGCUGGAGUUUCAGUGGAGGAAGCAGAAAGAAGGUUCUAAAGACUACCAGCUGGUUACAUGGUCCCGUGAUCAGACCCUGCGGAUGUGGCGGAUCGACUCUCAGCUGCAGAGGCUCUGUGCCAAUGAUAUCCUGGAUGGAGUUGAGGACCUCAUUGAUGGGAUUUCUCAUCUGCCAGAGCCAGACAAGACCCUUCAGCCCCAGGAUGCAGAGCCCCAGCAUAACUCUGGACAUGGGGAUGAAGAAGCCUUAAAAGAAGAUUUCCUGAAUGACCCCCUGGUGGGAAAGAAAACGGACCAGCUGGGGCUGCCUCAAACACUGCAGCAGGAGUUUUCACUGAUCAACGUGCAGAUCCGAAAUGUCAAUGUGGAGAUGGAUGCAGUGAGUCGUAGCUGUACAGUGUCAGUGCACUGCGGCAACCACAGAGUCAGGAUGCUGGUGAUGUUCCCUGUCCAGUAUCCCAAUAAUGCUGCACCAUCCUUCCAGUUCAUCAACCCAACUUCGAUCACGGCCUCCAUGAAGGCAAAACUGCUGAAGAUACUGAAAGACACUUCUCUGCAGAAAGUGAAGAGGAACCAGAGCUGCCUGGAGCCCUGCCUGCGUCAGCUGGUCUCCUGGCUGGAGUCUGUCGUGAACCAAGAGGACAGCACGUCCAGCAAUCCCUACGCUUUGUCAAACUCCGUCACACCCCCCUUGCCCACGUUCGCCCGGGUCUCCAAUGCCUAUGGCUCCUACCAGGACUCUAACAUCCCAUUUCCACGGACCUCUGGAGCCAGGUUCUGUGGUGCAGGCUACUUGGUGUAUUUCACAAGACCCAUGACCAUGCACCGUGCAGUGUCCCCGAUGGAGCCCACACCCAGGUCCCUGUCAGCUCUCUCAGCUUACCAUAGUGGCCUCAUUACUCCGAUGAAGAUCCGCACAGAGACUCCAGGCAACCUGCGUUUGUACAGUGGGAGUCCCACACGCAGCGAGAAGGAGCAGGUCUCCAUCAGCUCCUUCUACUACAAAGAGAGG